AAGAGCGCUUCUGGUGAAGACGCCUUCUUCGCGGCCACUGUAGGCGGGAGCACGGGUCAUGUAGCCUUCGGGCUAGCUGAUGGUGUUGGAGGAUGGCAAGAUUCUGGUGUUGAUCCUUCCGACUUCAGUCAUGGUUUAUGCGGUCUUAUGGGAGGCACCGCAUAUAUGCAUGAGGGUCUCGAUAACGGCAAGAAUGUCGAGCCAAGGGCGCUCCUACAGAUGGCAUAUGACGCCGUGAUAAGCAAUCCACGGAUCAUGGCCGGCGGCAGCACGGCGAGUUUGGCGGUAGUUGACGGCGAUGGGAAUAUGCAAACAGCCAAUCUUGGUGACUCUGGCUUCUUGGUGCUCGGACCUGGGAAGGUGGUACAUCGCUCACAAGUCCAGACUCAUGCCUUUAAUACGCCAUACCAGCUUUCGAAGGUGCCACCGAAGAUGGCCGCUCAGCACGCCAUCUUCGGCGGCCAAGCACAUUUCGCCGAAACGCCUAGUCAAGCAGAUGUGGAAACGCAUCGACUGAAGCACGGUGACAUCGUGCUCUUCGCUACAGAUGGCGUUUGGGAUAACCUGUCCGCUCAAGACACGCUCGGCAUUGUUACGCAGGUCAUGGUGGAGCAGGGGUACUGGUUUAGGAGCCACAACUUCGCAGGCGCUGAGACAAUGCUUAAUGAGUCACUUGUCCGCUCGAUUGCGAAGAAGAUUGACAGCGAGCAGCAUACUAAGUAUUUGCCAGGCUUGCUAGCGACCGCUGUAAUGCGCGAAGCGAAGCGCGCUGGCUUGGAUCGAAGAAGAGACGGGCCCUUUGCGAAGGAGGUCAAUAUGAGGUUUCCACAGGAAGGCUGGCAGGGAGGUAAGCCAGACGACAUUGCAGUGGUCGUCUGCGUGGCUGUUGAAGACGCA